AUGCCCGACGGCACCAUGCCCGCCAAGUCUCAGGAGAACAACGAUUCCUUCUCCACUUUCUUCAGCGAGACCUCGUCCGGCCGCUACGUCCCCCGCGCUGUCUUCGUCGAUCUCGAGCCGUCCGUCAUCGACCAGACCCGUACCGGUGCCUACCGCCAGCUCUACCACCCCGAGCAGCUGAUCACCGGCAAGGAGGACGCCGCCAACAACUACGCCCGUGGUCACUACACCGCCGGUAAGGAGAUCCUCGAGAACGUCGUCGAUCGCAUCCGCCGCCUCGCGGACCACUGCUCCGGCCUGCAGGGCUUCCUCAUUUUCCACUCCUUCGGUGGUGGUACCGGCUCCGGCUUCACCUCCCUCCUGCUGGAGCGCCUGUCGGCCGAGUACAGCAAGAAGUCCAAGCUCGAGUUCGCGGUCUACCCCUCGCCGGCCGUCUCCUCCUCCGUGGUCGAGCCCUACAACUCCAUCCUCACCACUCACACCUCCAUGGAGCACGCCGAUGUCACCUUCCUCGUUGACAACGAGGCCAUCUACGACCUGUGCCGCCGCAACCUCGACGUCGAGAGCCCCUCCUACGUCAACCUCAACCGCCUGAUCAGCCAGGUGGUCUCCUCCAUCACGGCCUCCCUGCGCUUCGAUGGCGCCCUCAACGUCGACCUCACCGAGUUCCAGACCAACCUGGUUCCCUUCCCCCGCAUCCACUUCCCCCUGGUCAACUACUCGCCGAUCAUCUCCCCGCCGAAGGCCAUCCACGAGAAGAUGUCCGUCGCCGAGAUCUCCUACGCCUGCUUCGAGCCCCACAGCCAGAUGGUCAAGUGCGACCCGCGCCGUGGCAAGUACAUGGCCUGCUGCAUGCUCUACCGCGGUGACGUCGUCCCGAAGGACGUCAACACCGCCAUCGCCAACAUCAAGUCCCGCAGCACCGUCCAGUUCGUCGACUGGUCCCCCACCGGCUUCAAGGUCGGCCUCAACUACCAGCCCCCGACCGUGGUCCCCGGCGGCGACCUGGCCCGCGUCCCGCGCUCCCUGUGCCUGCUGUCCAACACCACCGCCAUCGCCGAGGCCUGGCAGCGCCUCAACGACAAGUUCGAUCUCCUCUACGCCAAGCGCGCCUUCGUCCACUGGUACGUCGGCGAGGGUAUGGAGGAGGGCGAGUUCGCCGAGGCCCGCGAGGACCUGGCCGCUCUCGAGCGCGACUACGAGGAGGUUGCCAACGAUUCGGCCUCCACCGGCGACCAGGAGAUGGAGUUCUAA